CAUCUCUCGAGACUGGCCUUGAAAGGAAAUGAAACGAAAGUGAUAUGGUCGACGUGGUGUCUUCCACAUUAACGUAACAUGUCAUAGUUGUUUACAUUUUAUUUCACGAUAAUGUCGUGUCAACUAAUUGUACUGUCACAAUUUCAAGACAUAUCUUCUAUAAAGAGAUACCUUUUCCCUUUUCUGAAGGACUGCACUCCAGACCCGUCUGGCACAGAAGAUGCUUGGUCAUCAUCUUGGGAUUGGACAGUGGAAUCCCAGAAUCAAGAUGAAGAAGAAGAGAAUCAUAAUAGAAGAAAAGAGCAUGAGACAUGGCUACAAGAUUCCAUAAUAUCACUAUCCCCAGCCAAUGAUUUAUUGGCCAUUGCUAAUGAAGAUCGUAUUGUCCUUCUUGCUCAGAAAUAUGACCCCCAAGGUUCAGAAGAAAGUCUUGAAUCUAAACUUAGUCCAGUGUGGCAAGGUUCAUUGCGACAGGAAGAAGGUGAACAAAUUACAGCGGUUUUGUGCUUACCUCUUGCAUCUCAGAAAAAAAGCAUGCAAGGAGCUCCAGAUUGGACUUGUGUAAUAGUUGGCUUUUCUUCGGGAUACAUUCGUAUGUACACAGAGAAUGGAACAUUAUUGCUAUCACAACUAUUGCAUGAGGAACCAGUUCAGAAGCUGAAAUGCAAAUCCUAUGAAGCACCAAGAUAUCUUGGGAUGGCUGAACAGCAUGAAGAAUUAAUGAUUCUUUACAAGAAGGCUUUCCUUACAAUAGAUGGAUUCAGCUUGUUUCAGUCUUUACGAGCCUGUCGAAACCAAGUGGCAAGAGCUGCUGCUAGUCAUAGUGAGUCAUUCCUGCAAGCUCCACCUUUAGCAUACAAAAAAUGGGCUUUCCAAGACCAAGACCAAAUCUUCGACCAGUGUAGCAGAGGUAUAUGCAGCCCUAGUGCUUUUAGUCAAAUGACAAUUGCAUCAAAUGUGAAAGGAUUUUAUUCUGCUGUUCGUCUCUCACCACCUGCAACAUCUCUUUAUAUCACAUCUGGAAGUUUUCCAUGUGUUGGAUUUUUCUAUGCUGAGGAAGGAAGCAUGCAACCCAUCCUCUCAGAUGUUGCAUAUGCUGUUGCUCACAAAUUGAAGUCUGCAUUUGUAUCUGCUGCCAGUGGUUUGCUCGGAUUUGGUUCUGAGAAUAAAGAAAAAAGGAGACCUAAGAUUGAACCAGCAACCACACUACCAUUAAGGUUUGGUUUGCCAGAUAAAAGGAGAAUUGGAGAAAGUAUUGUAUUGUCUCCUAACAACAAAUAUGCUGCUACAACAGAUAGCUAUGGACGUGUGAUACUUCUUGAUGUACAACGAGGCAUUGGUAUUCGAAUGUGGAAAGGCUACCGUGAUGCUCAAGUUGGUUGGGUGCAAGUGAAAGAAGAGAAAAGCCAAUGUACCAACCCUCAGAAAAUGCAGCGACUUGCUCAGUUUUUUGUUAUAUAUGCUCCAAGACGAGGUAUCCUCGAGGUGUGGACUGCUGUAUAUGGUCCAAGAGUUGCUGCAUUCAAUGUGUGUAAACGAUGUCGCUUAAUAUGUCAAGGGUAUGGUAUGAUGGGACUGAACAAUGUCACAAGUCGAGAUACUAAGACCAAAACAUUCCAGAUUGCUCUUGUUGAUACAAAUGGCUUCAUUAAAACAAUAGAUGUGCCUUUUCAUCUUGCUCUCAGUGAUAAAAGCAGCAAAAGGGCUCGUGACCUUCAUCUGCUUAAGAAACUGAAGACUCUUUUAAAAGAAUGUAACGAAGAAUCAGAGAGCUUGAAAUCGACUGUGAAAGAGACACUUUUAGACAUGAAGAUUUCCAGUAUUGCUCAACAAGGAGUUGAGCGAGUCUUGAAUACAAAAUACUUAUCAACAGUAACAAUGCAAAACAUCAUAAGAGGCUGCAUAAAUCAAAUGAGUGGUAAAGCUGAAGAAGCUCUUGACAUCGACAGUCGCCUCUUCCUGUUGUUCUGUCAGUCUCAAAACCAGUUACUGCGCACAUAUAGCAUGCUUGAUAAAGCAAAAUCUACAUGUUAUGAACCAAAACCUAUCAGUAAUGUAGAACAGCACUUAAUGAAUAUUUUAUCUGCAACAAAAUCUGAAAUAGAGCAUGUGCUCCGGCAACUAAUUGCCUAUGAUGCACCCAAUAACUUCAACACUUCUGCAGUCCAGUGCACUGUUACAUUUGAAGAACAACCAAUGUCAGUGACCAACUUCCUUAGUUGCUUUGAAUAUCCACUACAUCGUCAGGAAUCACAGACAGAUAGUUCACAAUCCUCACCAUCUCCCUCAACUCUUAGUGUAAGCUCUUCUGGUGGAAAUUUACCUAUUGUGUCCAAAAUCAGAAAAAUUCCAGAAGAUAAGAAAAAUGCACUUUGUGAUUUAUUUUAUGAUGGGUGCUUAUCAAAUAAAGUUAGUGCUGAAGAUUUAAGCAGAAUACUUCAAGACUGUGCUAUACCUCCUGAUCAUCUCAUGGACCUGUUACAACACUACUGGCUAUCGAGUGACAAUAGAAAUAUUGAAACCCAAGUCUAUAAUUUAUACCAUGUCAUUUUAACUUUGACUAGAAUGUCUGAUACCAGUGAUGUUAUGACAAGUGUGGAUUCAAUUUCCCCAUGGUGGGAGAAAAUAAGGGAAGCAUGUACUCAGUCAACCAAUUCCAGAGCUGCUUAUAUACUUGCAUUGACUGCCCGAGGGGUUGCUAUGGAUAUGAUGACCAGUAAAACUAAAGCUAAGGAUCCAGAUGCUGAUACAGCAGACACAAGUCAGUCUGAUAAAGCGGAUAAUGGUAUAUCUGAAUGGGAAGACGUGAGUGUUGAUUAUGAGAAAUGGAAUGUUUUGAUACGACAACUUGAAGACACCUUGGCACUUAAUAGUUUGCUGAAAAUGAAGAUACCGCCACCAUCAAUGUCUACCAUUUCUAGUGCUGCCUCAGAACCAUUGCUAGUUUCUGUUAGCCACCUACUGGAUGGUGGAAGAGGUUCUAUACCUGAAAUUGUUGCCAAGUUCAUUAGCAGAGCUAACUUCUCUCAUGAAGUAUUAAAUCGACCCAGAGGAUUAGUAUUAUCAGAGACUGUCGAGAUGGCUGAAGAACCAUUGGAAAAUAUACAUGUCAGAUUUGAAGAACAAUUUUUAGGUCAGCUGGACACACUACAGGAGAGAUUCCCCCACAGUUUAGAUUCUGAUGUGCUUCUUGCUAAUUGCUCUUGGGAAUACAUUGUUUUGUGGAACAAAGAUUUAGAGCAAUACCAUUAUCUCCAGACUUCUCUGAAUUACCUGAAUACCAUACAAAAUGCUGUCCUUCGACAAGGUCUAGGAACCAUGCUGUGGAAUAUGUUUGCUGUAAAACGUUUAUCAGCUGCUGCUAAUCUCAUGGAAAAGGUUGGAAAACAUCCAAAGGAAAGACUGUGUCGUAAAGAAAUUGGAAUAUCUGAUACAAUCCUAAUUCACUUUGUUGGUCUUGUCAGUCAUUUGCUUGCUAUUCUCAUGAAGUUCACCAAUUCACAUGCAAAUUGUGAAGCAGACGAAGUACCAGUUUUUAAUAUUGAGCCCCUCUGGCAAACUAUUCGUGGACCAGCUUCCCUUGUAGAACUGGCAGUAGAUCAGAAAGCUACAAAUUAUGGCUUAUUACUCCACCAUUACCUGCUCUGUCAGUUUAUGUAUGCCAUCUUAAAAUUUGGUUUGAAAUCUAUCAAAGUUCUCUCCCUUUUUGAUUGCAAGGGACAGAACUCUUUCUUCAAAGAUUUGCACACCCAUCCUGCCCUACCCACUAAACUCAAAGAUGCUAACAUCCUUGCAGAGAGGAAUAAAUUCUAUAAAAAAGUGAUAAGUCAAUCAGUGGAGGAUUUUUCCAAGAAGGACAAACAGUCACAAGACAGCUUGUCUGCUUCUAUGACAGCAUCAGUGCCAGAAUCAACACAGAUGACGUUUGUGCCUUGGAAUGAAAGCCAUGCUGAGUGGCCGUCCCUCAUCAUUGAGAUUGCUAGAGUAUUUGAGGAAGAUGUUGACCAGUUGCGCAUAUAUCAUGUGCGAGAGCUUUAUUUGAGAGGUUUAGACAAAACUGCUGAAGAGGUAUUGUUAACAAUGAAUCUAGAUCCAGAACUUGGUGCUAGCUUACUGGAAGUAUUAGGUCAGCGAAUAGUUUAUUAUAUAGAAAAGCAGAAUCCGUCCAAAUCUCUUGAUAUAUAUGCUUCAAUGACAACCUCACUUUCACAGUGGUUGAAAAAACAGGAUACCACUUCUCUCUAUACUCCAGACUGUUCUGUGCCAGCCAUUUGCCAGCUGUUAAACCAAGUUGUAAAAUGCUUAGAAGAAGGCUCAGAUUAUUAUAACCGUGCCAUAGCUUUAGUUGAACUUGUUUCCACAUUGAAGACAUCAUGAAACCAAUUGAAAUUUCAAGAUUUCUGACUUAAACCGUUUCUCUACAAUUGAAGUCUCAACAACUUGGGAGUUUUGUUUUUUCCCCUACUGUGAUUUGUUAUCAAUUCGAAAUUGAAGUAAAGAUCAUUUGGAGUGAAGUUUCAUUUUCAUCUUUCUUUAUUUGUCCCAAUUUCUUUUUUUUUUUUGCCUUGGUAUUAAGUCUCGUUUUUUGUUUUGCUACUAUAAGAAAGGAACACUCUCCACUACUUCCAGUUUAAUAUAUCAUGCCUGAUAUUUAUGUUCUUGUUACGAUGGUAGUGGUGUUGAUAGGUAUUAUAGCUGUAAGUUUUUGACAAACCUAGUCAGCAGUUAAGUUUUGAUUCUAAAUUAGAAUCAUUUAACUUGAUGCUAAUGACUUUGAUAAGUGAUAUGAUCAUAACAGCUUUUUCUCCACUGUUAUAACUGUUAAAUAUUAAUUGGCAGUGAAGUAUUAGUUUCUUUCUAGAUAAAUAUCUGUAACCCAGCUUCGAUGUUAAUUUAUUGUGCUAACAUUCUUUGUAAAGCAUUGAACAUCUCAAGUUUUCCAAUUCCCAUUACAUAUAGCUCUCAGACUUCAAAUCUAAUAAAGAGGCUUUUUUAUUUGUUCCUUUCUUUUCCAAUACAGACAAUCUAUACUCAAUGAAUCAAGUCUGCUAAGACUGUUAUAACUCCUGACUGGAAACUACUUUCUAUAAGAAAAAAAAAUUUCUUUUAAAUUAUGAAAUGUAACAAUGAUAUACCUUAAGGACAAAAAGCAUGGAGUAAGGAGAAAUUAAGGUUUUAUUAUUAUUUUCUUCUAUUUCUUGACUCUAGCCCAGUAAUAUCAUAGAAUGACUGUCUUUACUCCUAAGAUUAUUUAUUUAACUGAAAGCUGCAAAGCUUUUAACUAUUUUUAUAUAUUUUUAUUCACUUCUUCACCAUAUUUAGUGUUAAUCCAAAUUGUAAGACAAUUGUAACUUUUUUUUUUUUGCUCUUCUCUUGUUACUUACCUUUGAAUUCAGGGGAUUAUUUAUAUUUUAAUACUCAAAUGAAUAUGCUUGUUACCUUAAUAUAUCUGCCAACUCUGUAUUUUAUGUGUGGUGUAUAGGAUGCACAUAACAUUUGUUGAAACAUAGAUGUAUUAUGUUGAGGUUUAUCAGGCUGUAUAAAGUUGUCCCAAGGGAUUUUCAAAGAAAUGUAAUGCAAAUAAUGUAUUUUUGGCUGGUUUACAAACGCAGAGUGAAGUGUCAUCACCUAAAAACUUGUGUGUGUGUGUGUAUAUAUGUACACACAAUUACCUGAUUUAGCGUAUCUAACAAUGAAAAUACUUUGCACAUACACAUACAUUUGUUUUCUAAAUUAAAUUUAAAUUCGUUGUUAAUUCUAAAUAUUUUAAAACUUAAUUCUGCUUUUUCUUUAACUGUAAAUAUAUAAUCAGUUUGACUUCUUUCAAGUUUCUAUUCCUCUCUUUUAUCACUCUUCAAUGGAAGCUAAUGAGCCAAGAUAAAUUCUCUCUUAUGCUUUAUUGCUGAUAACAAUUGCUCAGUUGUGAAGAAUAUUUAAUUCAAAUUAUAUUAAAAUGUCUUAAUGUAUUUGACAAAUAUUUCCCACAUGUUUGUAUUUACAUACAUACACUGUAUUGCAAUCCAGUUUUGUUUCUCAAACUGCAAACCUGUUUUGGGAGACAGGAACAUCACAAUUUGUAAUUUCCUGCCAUAUAAAAACUGCUUUAAAGACUGAGUAAGAAAUCAUUAUAUAUUCUUUAAAAAAAGUGUACAAGUUGUUUUCAUCGAUAAUGUAACAUGAUCGUUUUAUUUUGAAAUGAUUUCAAUAUAAAAGAUGGUUCUUGUCUUUGGAUAAAGUUAUGCAAUGCAUGACUUGUGUUUCUUUGUUGAUCAUAUUUAAAAAAAUGAAUCUAAUUUCCUGAUGUUAUCCCUAUUUAUUUUACCUCCACAUCACUUGCCUAACUGGACACAAUGCAAAUUAUCCCUCAACACAUUAUGAAGUUGGAUUUAGUUGUUUCAUAGAAUGUUGUUCUGGUCAAACUUCUGCCUACUACUUCUCAUUUAUUACAGGGACAGUGUGUUUUGGUUGAUUUUGAUUGGAGACAGUGUUUACUGAUGUAUUUUAAGAUCAGUUUAGUUUCUCUAAUGUUCUCAAAAAUCUGUGAUAACUUUGGUAACUGUAACUUAAAUAACAUAGACAAACAGAUUCAGAAGUUACAUUAUCCAGGAAUUUUUAAACAAUUUGCUUUUGAAAUCAUAUAGUCAAUUUAUAUCAAUGAAAAUAAUUAAACAAACAUGUUUUAUUAUACUGACAAUUUCUUA